AUGGAUUUGAUCAAGAUGGAGUUGGUGGAGAUCAAAGACAAGACUGGAGUCCAAGAUCAACUACGCAUCACAAAAUCUGCCUCGUUUAGAUCUACGCCCACUGCUCAGAAGAUUGCCAUGGUUGGUUUUGAUGAUGUCUUGUAUCAAAUGCUGGAUAGGAUCACUGGAGGAGAACCUGCUCGCCAAAUCAUGCCCAUUGUUGGAAUGGGUGGCAUAGGUAAAACCACUCUUGCUCGAAAUAUCUAUGUACAUCCACUUGUCAAAGAACAUUUUGAUGCUUGUUCAUGGUCUACAAUUUCUCAACAUUAUAAUGCACAAGAAAUUCUUAGACAAGUUCUUGAUGGAGUAGGCAAGGGGAACAUAGGCGAUUUGAAUGAACAUGAAUUAGGCGAACAAUUGUCCAAAUAUUUAAUAGGUAGGAGGUAUUUUAUAGUGAUGGAUGAUAUGUGGGAUAUUGAAGCAUGGGAUCAAGUUAGGAGGUUCUUCCCUGAUAAUGAAAAUGGGAGUAGAGUAGUAGUAACCACAAGGCUAUCAAACUUGGCUUCUAUGUUUAACUACUCCAAUGGUCUUGAUAUGAAAUUCUUGGAUGAGGCAACAAGUUGGAACUUAUUUUCCAAAACUGUGUUUGGGGAAGAAAUUUGCCCACUUGAGUUGGAGGACAUUGGAAGGAAGAUUGUGAGAGGUUGCAAAGGACUUCCAUUGUCACUUGUAGUGAUCGGGGGACUCUUAUCAAAGUCUGAACAAACACUAGAGAACUGGGAAUCUAUUGAAGGAAACUUGAGUUCAGUUGUGAAUAUGGAGGACAGUGAGACUUGCUUGCAAAUAUUAUACAUGAGUUAUAUUAAUUUGCCGGUUUAUAUAAAACCAUGUUAUCUCUAUAUGGGUGGAAUUUUUGGUGAAGACGUUGUCAUUCCAGUGUCUUUAAUCAUGCUAAUGUGGGUUGCUGAGGGAUUUGUAAAACCAAUUGAUGGGAAAAGUUUGGAAGAGGCAGCAGAAGAGUGUUUAGAAGAACUUGUUGACAGAAAUCUUGUUUUAGUUGAGGAACGCAACCAUCAUGGAAGAGUAAAAUCAUGCAAAAUCCAUGAUCACUCGAGGGACUUAUGCUUGAGAGAGGCUCGAAAAUCGAAGUUUUUAUAUGUGGUGGAAAGCCAGAGCAUUCCACACAGCAUAGAUUCUCAACGCCGUAUUGUAUGCCGGUUAUCCGAAUUUCCAACUCCACUCAUUUAA